AUGCUCAGCAAUGCCCGCGUUGGCUCGAGAGCCUCGUCAUCUCGGGAUUUCGAGGGCCAGCGUUCUGCGAAGAAGCCGUCUGCACAGCUCUUUGCCAAGCCAAGUUGGCAGAAGGGCAGGCCUGCGUCCACGUUUGCGUUGUUUGUGGCCAGGGUUUGUCCCGUAUUUUCGAGCCUGCUUUGGAGACGAUGGCGGCCUGGGAAUUGUUUGCAGGCCGCAAGGCUAAGGGCCAUGGCAGUGAGGUGCCAAGAAUCGGAGCCGGGACCAAACGGAAUUCUGCCAAGCAAAUGUGAACGAUGUAACAGGAAGCUUUGCCUCUGCGCUGCUUUGCCGCAGAGGCGACUGGAUACCAAGACUCGCGUGGUGCUGUUUACUCACCCAAAGGAGAAGCGAAGGGCAUUAGGAUCGGGCCCUCUUUUGCAGCUAUGUCUGAGCAACAUCACUGAAUUCGUCGGCAAAGAGUUCCCAGAUCCGCUGGAAGACUCCGCGCUGCACGACAAGCUCGUUGAAGCUGGGCGCCAGCCCGUCCUGGUCUACCCCGGUCCGAAGGCAGUUGAGUUGGUGCCCGGAUGUCAGACAGAAGCUUUCACCUCCCCAGUGACUUUGAUCUUCAUUGAUGCCCGUUGGGAUCAGGCGCGCAUCAUGCUGAACCGCUCCGCGUGGCUUCAAGGCCUCCCUCGACUUCGGCUCCGGAGACUCCGGAGCCGCUACCGCUUCCGAAGGCAGCCGGAGCCCGGAUGCCUCUCCACGCUCGAGGCCGCAGCCGAGGCCCUCCAGGCGCUGGAGCCUGGGACAUCUGGGCUUCGGGAGGCUCUGCUGGCCCCCUUCGAGGAGAUGAUCCGGCUCCAGAGUCAGUUCCUCCCCGACCAGCAGGACAAGAACCCAAUAGGGGGCCUCUUUUUGGAAGGGGAGGGCCUGGAGGCCGCCAAGGAGAAUGCCCACCCAAGCUGGAAUCGGCGACGCAAGCGGAGGCACCGAAGGAGGAUGAUGAAUGCCGGACACAGCCAAGGGGAGGACCCGAGUGCAGCUCUGACUUCGCAGGCGUCCUCCACCUUUGGCUUCUGGAUGCCCGACCACGCCUCUCCGACCUGUGUCUUGUGCGGCCGUGCUUGGAUGCCGAUUAUUCGACAAAGACAUCACUGCCGUGCCUGCGGCUCCCUGGUUUGCGGCCAGUGCUCCUUCUGCCCGAACGGUCGCAGCAGCCGACGUUGUCUGCCGCCUGCUCAGACUGCUCCUUGCGCAGCUCCAAGCCGCGCUGGCUCCAAAGAUUCGAGCGCCCAUCCCUGUGCAGCCCUUGGUACCUGUGCUGCGCCGUUGCUGUCAAAACUCUUCGAGCCUUGCCCGGAUGGCUCUGCAUCGCAGCCAAGUGAGCGCGAGCAGAGGCUUUGGGAGCGCGUCGUGGCGGCCGAGAAGCGGACGCUGGAAGCGGAGGCCGAAGGAGGAGGCGAAGUGAAACUGGUCUCGCACAUCGAGUCGAAAACGUCUCAGACGCGCGCUUGGGAGGCUGCUCGCUUUCGUCCGGUCCCCAGCUUCCGAGACAGUGCACGCGUAGCCAAAUCUGGAGGCGAAAAGACGAGGCUUCAGCAAUACGCGCUCUCCCUCGGGGGAGAGAGGUUUUCAGCCUACGGAGAGCACUUCUUCAUCUUCGUCGUGGCUACCGCUGUAGUGCUUCUGCUCACAAUUUUCCGACCUGCCUCCCUGUUGGUUUCAGCUGUCACCCUCUCCGGUGUGGUCUGGCUGCUAGUCAGGACGUUUAGCCUGGAGGUGCCUGACUCGCCUUCCUUGAGUGGCGACUGGCGCGCGCUGGCAUUUCCAGUUGCGGUGCUCCAUCUUCCAGGCUGGUCGACCACUUGCUUUCUCCUGGGCAUCUCUGUCUUGGUCGUGCGCAGGCUGCAGAGCUAUCAUUACUUUUUGCGCUUGGCCGAGAUCUAUGUCACGGCAGCUUUUCCGAUUGCAUUCUAUUUCACGUGCAAGACCGUGCAGAAGGUCUUCAAGCUUUCUGCGCAGCAGGCACAAGAUUGGAUGUACGACCCAGCGGACAAGAUUGUGGCACCCUUCUUGGGAAAUCGUUUUGCCGCCUUGGGAGGCCUCUUCGUGAAGGCAGGGCAAUGGAUGGCUAACAUGGCAGCCACGCCCAUCGUCUGGCAGCAGGAGCUGAAGAAGCUGCAGGACUGCGCCCCCAGGGACACAGACGCCUACGUGAAAUCCUUGCUGGAGGCGGAGCUCGGCUCAGAUUUCCAGGACAUCUUUGAGGAAUUCGACUUCGAGCCGGUUGCGUCGGCAAGCAUUGCGCAGGUACACAAAGCGCGGAUGAAAGGAACCGGUCAACAGGUGGCUGUGAAGCUGCAACACGAAGGUGUCGAACCGAUGAUGCUGCUGGACUUGACUGCGCUAAAGCGCAUUCUGCGAUUCACCUGCUGGCUCGGAGGGAAUGAUUGGGAUGAGAUCAAGCAGGUCACUGAGGGCUGGAUGAAAGAGAUGAUCCACGAGCUGGACUUCCACCGCGAGGUUGAAAACCUGCAGGAGGUUCGCAAAGGCAUGGCCGAUGCCGGGGUGGACGUAAUCGUGCCAAAAGAGAUCGAAGGACGUGUGUCGAGACGAGCAUUCAUCAUGGAUUUCUGCGAGGGCUUCCGCUUUACCGACCUGGAUCAGCUGGCACUGGCCGGAGUGGACCGCAAGGCCUUAAGUGCACGGGCAGUUCACGCAGUUGCCACCCAGCUCUUGGAGAUCGGCGUCUUCAACUCGGACCCGCAUGGAGGCAAUCUUCUUUGCCAAGUCCGGGAUGGCACGACUGCCGUCCCUGUUCUUCUGGACUUCGGGAACUGCAUUCGUCUUCCUGAGGAGCAGCGUCUCCUCUACUGCCGGUUGCUAGUGGCCUUGUCUGAGACCAGUAUGACCAGCGUCUGUGAGGCCAUGAAGAACUUGGGCUUCUUCAACUCGCAGACCGAGGUCCACCCCGGGCGAGACAUGGAGUACAUGAUGAUGGUCUUCCGCGACACCGGCAAUCGCAAGCAUCAGAUGGCCGGGAUGAAGAACUUCAGGGAGCUCCGGAAGUCUCAAAACAAGUCGGACAUCGAGGCCCUGGAUGACAACAUCAAGAAGGACAAGAAGAAAGCCAAGGCCGCCGAUUCGAACAAGAGCCAAGACGCAAAGACGGAGCGUUAUCCCAAGAAGAUGCCGCCGGAGGCAGUGCUGUUCCUGCGGAUGAUGUUGCUGGUUCGCGGCCUUUGCUUCCAGCUCGAUGCAGAGCUGCCCUUCCUGCAGCUCUUCGAAAUGCAUGCCCGACGUGCUCUCGCUUGUCGAUUUCCGAAAGUGCACCGUGCCCUGAGCGCCGUGUCUAGUGGCGACGAUCGGGGAAGGUCCCGUGCCGGCGCAGCUCACAUGGCAAUGAUAACUUUGAUCAGGGAGGCCAUUGCUGCCUGUUGUGUGGAGCGACCAGGCCUGGGUGUGCAGGUCUGCGUCUACAUUGGUGAGAACUGCGCCGUCGACGAGUGUGGCGGGGUCUUGGGCACGGUGGACCCACGGCCCAUGACCCGAUCCACACGGAUCCCGCUCGCUGACCUCGCACGUCUUCCUUGGCUCUUAGCCCUCCACAGCGCGGUGAAGCAAGGCAUGAUCCAGUACUCCGAGCGCCUGAUGUCCAUGCCUAUGGGCUCGCGCUGCAACACCGAAGCCACCCUGGCGGAUGUCCUCUCCCACCGAGCCUUUCAAGACGGAGAUCCUCGGGAUGCCUUGACGGGGAGCACCGUCACAGAGCUUGCAAAGUUGCAGCACAUGCAGAAAAGGACGGCCGCUGCAAUUGCGCCCGUGGCCGGGCAAGUCUGCUACCUGCCUUGGGGCAGUGGAUAUGUAGCUGCUGCAGCGCUGCGGCAGCUGGGACACGACGAUGAG